UUGUUCGAAAAAAUCAAAUGUGUUUGUAGUCACAAAAAAGUAGACAAGAAUCUGUGACUGUUAACCUCAAUCUGUUUUGUUGCUCUUCCUUUUUACAGUGGAUCGUGGAAGAGUAGUGUGUGCGCUGUCUUAAAAUUCUUUUAACGGCAAGAUGGCGCCCGAACCAGUAACUAAGAAAAACAAAGAAGAGGUUAAGGAUAAGUCAAAGAACCCCAUGAGGGAACUUCAUAUCCGUAAACUAUGCCUGAAUAUAUGUGUUGGUGAAUCUGGUGACAGGCUAACCCGUGCAGCAAAGGUAUUGGAACAACUCACAGGCCAACAGCCAGUGUUUUCUAAAGCUAGGUACACAGUCAGAUCCUUUGGUAUCAGAAGGAACGAAAAAAUCGCUGUACAUUGUACAGUUCGUGGCCCAAAAGCUGAAGAAAUUUUGGAAAGGGGUCUUAAAGUUAGGGAAUAUGAAUUGAGGAGAGAUAAUUUCUCAGCAUCUGGAAAUUUCGGUUUUGGUAUCCAGGAACACAUAGAUCUUGGAAUCAAAUAUGACCCAAGUAUAGGAAUUUACGGUCUUGACUUCUAUGUAGUCUUGGGACGUCCAGGAUUCAAUGUAGCACACAGGAGAAGGAAACAAGGGAAAGUAGGAGCACCCCACAGAUUGAACAAGGAAGAUGCCAUGAAAUGGUUCCAGCAGAAAUAUGAUGGUAUCAUUUUGGGAAGUAAAAAAUGAGCAGUAAUAACAUUUAUGUAAAAAAGAUAUUUGUAUUACUGUUUAAUAAAAAACAUAACCCAUA